GAGAGGCAACUUGUCCUGCAGCUCUUCUGCUCUAAAAGCGUCCAUCAGAAAGACAGAGCUCCCUCUCUGUGAGGAAAGGCAGAGGGGAAUCCCCUCUGGUGGAUGCUGCAGAGAUGAUGAGAAGCCUUUUCAUCCGCGCUGUUUCUCAGUCUCUCUGCGAGCCGCGUUAAUUACAGGGCCCGGGGCCGCUCUUUGAGCUCACCGCGCUCCUCCUGAGAAACAGCCGCGCGUGUCAUUCUCACGAGAGAAGGAGAGGAAGAAAAAACAAAAACAAACACAGAAGAAGGCGCACGCGCAGGAAGCUCCCGGAGCCCGUCUCGGGGAAAUAUUCCUGCGUGCCUGGAGUGAGUUCAGCCCACUCUCGGCGCAGGACGUCAGCUGGUUUUAACCACCAGAACCGGGAGGAUGUGGAGCGACGCAGCGCAGGAAACUUUCUGCUGGAGAGGAGGAGAGGCGCGUCGCUCCGCGGAAACCAUGGGAGACACUCACUAAACUCACUCCAGCUCGGACUCGCCAUGGCUGUGGACGCUGCCUCCAGUUUCAGUUUCUGCAGGCCCGCUGUGGAGUACAGGGCUCUGCCUGAGGACUUCAAGCACCAGCUGAGUCGGCGGACAGGUGGGAAUCUAACCUGGCAUGACGGCCGAGGACAGAAAACGGCUGGGGGAAGAACCGUGAAGCUUCUGCAGCAGCCGGGCACGGAGGUCCUGCAGUACCGCUCCAGUGACAAUUACGGCAUCUAUCACACGAGUCCAACGCAGCCCAGCCUGAUCCGGCCCGUCGUUCUCUGGUCGCAGCAGGAUGUCUGUAAAUGGCUGAAGAAACACUGUCCACACAACUACCUGACCUACGUGGAGGCGUUCUCGCAGCACGCCAUCACAGGCCGAGCUUUGUUGCGUCUAAACGGGGAGAAGCUGCAGAGAAUGGGUUUGGUGCAAGAGACGCUUCGGCAGGAGCUGCUGCAGCAGGUGCUGCAGCUCCAGGUGCAGGAGGAAGGGCGCAACCUGCAGCUGCUCAGCAGAGGUUCUUUUGGAAGAAUAUCUUAGCUGGAGAAACUGGACGCACUGAUGAGGAAUAAAUCCAUCCGAGCUGCAGAAUGAUGUUGAAAGAUUUUAACUCAACAUCGGCUUGACGGACAGACGCCAUCUUUACAGACUGUGAACUGUGAUGAAAAAAGCAUCAUGACAAUCUGAUCUCAUGUUGUACUGCUCUGAUUUCUGCUUAAUUGUUAUAUUCAUGUGUAUCUUUAAACAUUGUCUGAUUUUUUUAUGUCAACAAUUUAAUUAUUAAACAAAACUAUUAAAAUAC